AUGGAGGGGGCCCCAUACGCCUCCAAAGUGAUCGGGUGGGUGGUGGUGUGGCUGCAGCUCUAUGCCCCUGUUGUAGCAGACACGGGCAGGGUGCUGGACAAAGAUGAUCUUCUUGGGAACGUCCUUCCCCCCAUACUGGCGGCCAGCCUCCUCCCCUUCCGUGGCUUCCAAGCUGGUUUGACGGCCGGUGCGCCGAUCCAUGUCGACGCCAGCGUCCGCCCUGCCCUGCGAGGCUCCCUGGCGCUUGUGUUGCGCUCCCUGGCGAGCGCCGUUCCGGCCGAGAACCUGCUCUCCACGGCUCCUGGCACGCCUAGCGCACACCGCCUGUGCCACCUGCUGCUGCUCUGCUGCAGCCUGGCGGGGUGCCCGGGCGCCGAUGGCCUGACGCAGGCGGCUGCGACGCGCUGCGCGCGGCUCCUGCUUGCCGCCCCGACCUCCUGGGCCUUGGACGUUGCGAAGGAUCAUGCUGCGAAUGCUGCCCAGGCCCUGCACGCCGAGCUGGUCCGUCGCUCGCUGCGUGCGGUGCCCGCCGGCGUAGCGCGCCUGGCGGCGCCAGGGAAUGCUGCCGACCGGGGUGCUUCCAGAUCUGUGGAGCUGCUCCGCGCCUGGCUUUCUAGCCUGACCAGCGCAGGCCUAGCCCACGAGCAAGCAGACUGCGCCAUGGAUGAGGUGUGCCUGGCGGUGCUGGCGAAGCCUGGUACGGGCGAUGAAGGUUCAGAGUCCGAAACGGCGGCGCUGUUCGUGCCCGCGGCGACUCAGGCGGCCGUGUAUGCGGCGGCCGCGCGUGUCGCACCGCUGCUGGCACCGCCCAACGCGCUCUACCUGGCGCUGGUCCUGGGGCGGGCGGCGCGGGCAGCGAGCAGAUCCUUGCGAGCAGGUCCAUUCCUGGCGGCCACGAGCGUGCUUUUCCGCCACGCAUGCGGGCCGGGCCGGGAUGGAGCUUCGGCCCGUGCCCUCCUGGGCGGCAGCGGGUGCCCCUACUCCCGCGGAGACCUGUUUGGGAUCGUCCUGGCCCGACUGGAAACCCAGGAUGUGGAGGCGCUGGGCACGCUGUGCCAUGCCGUGCUGACCCUGGAGGCGGAAGGAGCGCGGACUGUUGGGCCCUCAGGCGAUACGGGUCACAACCAGACCUCGCACACGCCGCUGCUCAACCACCUGGCCUUCAACCCGGGCCACCAGACGCUGCUGAGCACGCUGUGGCGCCACCUGGCGCACAGCGUGCCACUCCUCCUGGAGGCGCACAGGGCUUCGAGCCGGGGCUGGGACGUGCCGUCGCUGGCACGGGGGGCGCGCGCGUCCCUGACCUGGGGACAGGCGAGAUGCUGGGGCGUGCUGUGCCGCCUCCUGCGCCACCUGCUGGGCGCCCUGGACGACGCGGAGUUUGCGGCGGGCGCGGACGGCUUGUCCCCGGAGGGGCGGCGCGCCCUGACUGCCGCGCUCAACACGAUGGUGCUGUACGAGCGCGACGCCCGCUGCGCCUUCUGCCCCGCCUGCCUCUGGCUGGAGCCGUUCCAGAGCAGCCGGGGCGCGGGCGAGGCCCUGGCCUCGCCGUCCACGCUGCGUGCGCUGCUGGGGCUGGACGUGUCGCCUAUCGAGGGCGGCCUGCCCGGCACCCGCUUCACGGUGCGCCGCGCUUUCCUGCUCGAGGACGGCAUGGCGGCGCUGCUGCGUCUGGACGCCGCGGCACUCAAGGCCCGCUGCGCGGUCACGUUUGUGGAUGCGCUGGGCCGGGAGGAGGCGGGCAUUGACGCCGGCGGCCUGCAGAAGGAGUUUCUGGAGUGCUUCGUGGCGGCGGGCGUGGACCCCCGCCGCGGCCUCUUCUCCGCCGUGCCGGGGACGGGGGCGGUGUACCCCAACCCCCUGGCAGCGCAGCUGGAGGGCGGCUGGCUGGCGCUGGAGGCCCUGGGCUCUGCCCUCGGGAAAGCGCUGUACGAGGGUCUGCUCCUGGAUGCGCCCCUGGCGCCCUUCUUCCUCCGACGACUCCAGGGUCACGUUCCGCAGCUGGAGGACUUGAUUGCGCUUGACCCCGGGGUGCACCGCUCCCUGCUCCUGGUCAAGCAGUAUGACGGCGAUACGCUGGACAGCAUGUCCCUCGACUUCACGGCGGAGACUGAGGUUUUCGGCAGGAGGGUUGGCGAGGAGCUGGUCCCAGGGGGGGCCAACGUUCCCGUGACCCUGGCCAACCGCCUCCUGUACGUGCACUCCAUGGCGCACUGGCACCUUUCGCGGCGGUUGGGCCCGGCUGCGGGGGCAUUUGCCCGCGGCUUCCAGAAGGUCUUCCCCACGGCCUGGCUGCGCCUCUUCUCCGCGUCCGAGUUCAACCAGCUCCUGGGUGGGGGCGGGGGCGGGCCCGUGGAUGUGGCCGACCUGAGGCGACACACGGUGUACUCCGGGGGCUACACCGACUCCAGCUCCACGAUCAAGGCCUUCUGGGCCUGCGUGGCUGGCAUGGACGCCACGUCCCAAGCAGCCCUGCUCAAGUUCGUGACCUCCGUCAGCCGGCCGCCCCUGGGGGGGUUCCAGCACCUCGCGCCACCAUUCGCCAUCCACAAGGUGGCGUGCAGCGCGUCCCCGCUGGCCAUCCUGGGCGGCAGGGACGUGGACCGCCUGCCCACUGCCAGCACCUGCACCAACACGCUGAAGCUGCCGGACUUCAGGAGGAGCGGGACCCUGCGUGAAAAGCUGCUGUACGCCAUUCGCGCCGGGGCGGGGUUCGACCUGUCCUGA